CUUGGUCUACAGCUUAUCAUGAGAUACUUUACCUCAGGCGAGCAGAACCUCCACUUCCUUAGAUAUCGUUCACCAGCUGUUGUUUACAAAUAUACAUAGAAAGCCACCCCUUGUCUAACCAGAUGCUGCUGUUCUGUCAUGCCGAUAGAGUGUAUAACCCACCAGUUGUAUGUUAUUCAUGUUGUCAUCCAGCCACAACUCAGUUGUGACAGUUUUUAAUGUCCCGUUGGUAGGAUAUAUGUGCUUUUCGUUCGUCCAAUUUAUUAUCCAGUGAUUGCAUGCUGGCCAAUGGAACGGAUGGCAACGGCAGAUUAGCCACUUGUCAGUGGAUCCUCAGAAGGCAACCCAUCUCUUUCCGCGAUGGUGCUGUCCUCGUGCCUUUUUGUUUAAUCACUCCACGUUGGGUCAUGUCAAGAACAGCCCUAAGCACCGUACCCCAUCAUGUCUUAUUGCUUAUUCAGAGCAGUAAAAUUAGUUAAAUCAUCCACUGAUAGAAAAUUAUCUGGGCAGUUUAAUAAGGGCAAAUGAUAUUUUCUCUUGCGACAUAAUCAAAGUAGUUUAUUAAGUCAUGUCUUAGUUCGCAAUAAUUAUUAUUUUGAUGUAAACCAAAUUUUGCGUUACAAGUUACGUCGGUAAUUACAAGUUACGAUAUUCCUUCUUUAUUGGCUCGGUAAAAUUAUGGGAUAAUUGUUUAUUGUAUAAAUGUGGCAACUCCUCUCUUCCCGUGAAAAAAAAUAUGUUUAUUUUUAGUCCUUUUGUGCUGGUUUUGUACGGUCAAUGGGAUACAAAUGUUGUGGUCCUGGCAACCCUGCCUACAUCGGUGAACAGCGUAGUGGUGUGGAACCAACGUCAAUCGAAGGGGUGUCGGAUAAAAUAACUACACACGAAAAUAACACAACUACUAUACCUCAGUUUCGGUGGUAAACCAUUUUAAGUGCUUUCCUCCUGGGAAUACCUGCUCUCACACAGAAUGGACACAUGUAGGCAGCAUUGUUUCCCAAGUGAUCAUUAGUCCCAUGCCAGUCAGGAGGUAAGGCCCAGAGAGGUGCCCCAGUCAGGAGGUAAGGCCCAGAGAGGUGCCCCAGUCAGGAGGUAAGGCCCAGAGAGGUGCCCCAGUCAGGAGGUAAGGCCCAGAGAGGUGCCCCAGUCAGGAGGUAAGGCCCAGAGAGGUGCCCCAGUCAGGAGGUAAGGCCCAGAGAGGUGCCCCAGUCAGGAGGUAAGGCCCAGAGAGGUGCCCCAGUCAGGAGGUAAGGCCCAGAGAGGUGCCCCAGUCAGGAGGUAAGGCCCAGAGAGGUGCCCCAGUCAGGAGGUAAGGCCCAGAGAGGUGCCCCAGUCAGGAGGUAAGGCCCAGAGAGGUGCCCCAGUCAGGAGGUAAGGCCCAGAGAGGUGCCCCAGUCAGGAGGUAAGGCCCAGAGAGGUGUCCCAGUCAGGAGGUAAGGCCCAGAGAGGUGUCCCAGUCAGGAGGUAAGGCCCAGAGAGGUGCCCCAGUCAGGAGGUAAGGCCCAAAGAGGUGUCUUUCCCCUUAGCCAGUCAGUAUGGCCCAGGCGGAGGCCCAGCCCAGUGGGGAUAACAGCCCCCAGCUCAUCUCCCUCCAGUCGGAGAGGUCAGAGGCAUCAGGGAACCACGCAGAGGUGGGCUCCGCCAACCGGAGGAAGAGGAGGAGGAAGGAGCCCAGACCCGAGUCCAUCAUUGUGUAUCGCUCAGACAAUGAGAGGGGGCCCGGGGAGGAGCAGGUGGGAGAGGAGGGAGGUGCUGAGAGGAGCACCGAGGAGGGGGCCAAGUUCCUCAACACACCCACCGGCGAAGGAGGCUGGAGCGACAGGAGCAUGCCCCCGGACAGCCGUUAUGUGACCUUGACCGGCACUAUCACCAGGGGGAAGAAGAAGGGUCAGGUGGUAGACAUCCACGUUACUCUAACAGAGAGAGAACUCCGGGACAUGGCCCUCUCUAAAGAACGUCUGGAUGCCGAGUGUGAGAGGGGGCAGGGAUCCAAGUGUUCCUGUGGCUUGGGGUUCUUUCAGGGCCCCCAUGUGAUCCUCUGGAGCCUAUUGUGUGCUCCCCUGGUGUUCCUUAUUGCCUUCAUCACGUCAUUUUACUAUGGAACGCUCACCUGGUACAACGUGUUCCUGGUCUACAACGAGGAGAGAACAUUCUGGCACAAGAUUACCAUCUGCCCCUUCCUCAUCAUCUUCUACCCCAUGCUGAUCAUGCCCAUGGCCCUGUCCCUGGCUCUGUACUCCACCCUGGCGCAGGUCUCCUGGGUCUUUAGUGAGUGGUGGCUGUCUGUCCGCGACCUGGAGAAGGGGUUUUGUGGCUGGGCCUGUGGGAAGCUGGGGCUGGAGGACUGUUCUCCAUAUAGUAUCGUGGAGCUGCUGGACUCUGACAACUUCUCAGGAAGCAUGCAAGGGAAUAACAAGGCCCCCGGCGAGGAUGCUCAGACAUCCUCUGUGUGAGACUGGGUUGUAUUCAUUAGGAAGCAAACGGGUCGAAAACGGCUUAGAACGACCUGAACUUAUCCGUUAAUAAGAAACACUUUUUGCAACGGUGUACCACUAAUGAAUAUAACCCUGGACUGGCAUCAUGGACACAAACACACAAACUGGCAUAGUUGUCAUACUUUCACAUUUUUCGAUACCAUCAAAAAAGCCGGUUAUUGUUUUUAACUUACACUUCUUACUAAUUUAUCUAACCUCGCAUUCUUACUGGUUGUUAUUGAAGUGAACUCCGUGUUUACUGGGCCAAUCACCAUGUUGUUAUGUUUAAAAUGGUCUUAUUUAUUUGAAUAUUUCAACCACUAGCUAGUUUAGUUGUAAGUGUUGUCAAUGGAUGUUUUGUAUCAUAGGACGGGCUAUUCAAAUAUGUUUAAAUUAAAUAUACUGCAACAUGAGGGUCGCUACAAUACUGCCUAAAGUUUACUGUAGGGAGGAUCAAACACAAGACCUAUCUAUCAAACAUAUUGAUAGAUUUCUGUUGAAAAACUGUUGCACUGAAAUCCUCGAUAGGACAGGCAGGAAGUGACCUUUUAUAUCUAAUGUACUGUACCCGCAUGAAGUAAUACUUGACCUACUGUGGCAGGGUGGAAGGAACUCUGGGGUGUUCAUUCAGCAGACAAGAAUGUAGAAUUAAGUUUUGAAGGAUCUAAAAAGGAUUUUGGUCUGUACCUCUGUUCUCUAUAUAAAGGUUCACCUGUGUGUGGUGGUCACUCACUCUUCACAUCAUGUUUGUUGCUCACCAUGAGAUAAAAUGUAUGGAAAUAAAACCUGAAUCAUUUUCACAGUU